ACUAAAGCAACAACAACACACCGAAAACAAAAAUACAAAAUAAUCCGCGCUUCAUUCUAUAAAUAAUUGUAGUGGGUUGUUGGUGACGGGUUGUUAAAUGCAAUCAAUAGUUGAACUUGUGUUUGUUUCACUAAAUGCUGGAAAGUGUGCGUCAAAGCUAUACGCCAAGUGGCCCUGGAUGUGCUGUCAAAUCCAAAACCGGAUCCCCGUGAGCUCACCUUUGUGACGUCGUCUAUUGUCGUUGUGUUGUAUUAAUCAUAGUGUAGCUAAUUAGUCGCGAAAAUGGUUGCGACAACGGCAAUUGCCGAUCUGUGCAUCUUCCUGCUGACCUGGAAUGUGGGCACACAUUCCCCCAGGGACUUGUCGCUGAUAUCGCUGCUGGCCUUGAAUGGAACCACCAACUGCCCGGACAACCAGCUGCCCGACAUUUACGUCAUAGGCAUGCAGGAGGUCAGCACCAAGCAGGUGCUGAACAUCUUCCAAGACGACCCGUGGGUGCUGAAAAUCGCCAGCCAUCUGCAGGAUCACCAUUACGUGAAGGUGGACUCGAAGCAGCUGCAGGGUAUACUGAUAACAAUGUUUGCCCAACACAAGCACAUUCCCCACAUGAAGAACAUAGAAACGGAGGCGACCAGAACAGGCCUGGGCGGUCUGUGGGGUAACAAGGGUGCAGUGAGCAUUCGCCUGAGCCUGUAUGGCACUGGCGCCGUCUUCGUGUGCUCCCAUUUGGCGGCGCACGACGAUAAGCUGAAGGAACGCAUCGAGGACUACCACCAGAUAGUGGACAACCACAAGUACGAAGCGUCGGGCUAUCGUCGCAUCUUUGACCACGAUUUUGUCUUCUGGUUCGGUGACCUCAACUUCCGCCUCUCUGGCGAGACCAGCGCCUGGGACGUGCGAACCGCCGCGGAGAAUAUGCGCUACGAGGAGCUGCUCAAGCAGGACCAGUUGAACCUGCUGCGGGAGACGGGGAAUGCCUUUAGCUUGCUGGAGGAGCAGCCACCCAACUUUGCGCCCACUUUUAAGUUUAUUGAGGGCACCAAUGACUACGACUUGAAGCGACGCCCAGCCUGGUGUGAUAGGAUACUGCAUCGCGUGCAGCGUAACAUUUAUCCAGCGGUUACCCUGAGCGCCACACAGUUGUCUUAUCAGUCGAAUAUGGAGUAUACGCUGUCGGACCACAAGCCCGUCACUGCGACGUUCAACUACAAAGUGGAGACGGCCAAUCAGACAGACGAGGAGCUGCACGAAAUAACCCAUGCCGGCGCCGCGACACCCGGCACACCAAAUGUUAGUUUAACCUUCGCCUUUGUCGUGCUUGUAGCUGCUUUGCCCUAUACUCAACUCUGAUUUCGCUUUUAUUUUGUAGUUGUUUAAUGCCCAGCUAGAGCAAUGGUGAUGCAACCAUGAUGUCAAUUGUUAAUGCUUUCUAGAUCAAAUCUAAUCAAUAGCCAUAAUUAAAUGUAGUGUCCCCACAGAAGAAAUCUGUGAAACGAAAGCGAUAUUGAGAGUACAAUGUAAACGGAAUCUCGCUAAGUCUUUAAGCAAUCAAAUCAAUCAAUCUCAAGUGUCAAACUGCAAGUGCAAAAAUAACUGUACAUACAUAUAUAACUGUAAUCAUUUAAAUAAUUGUAAAGACUAAACUGCUGCAUAUCGAAUGUUGAUUCUUCAAAGUUGUAUUAGACAAAAGG